AUGAUUUAUUACAAGAAGGUAUUUUUUAUUAUCUAUAUUAUUAUUUCAUUGGCAUCACCCAUAAUGAUGUCUUCAUUACGAAAUAAAAGACAAUGUGGAUGCCAACAACCAGUGUCUUGUUCAUGUAGUGAACCAAAACAAGCAUCAUAUUUAUCUCAAAUUCAAAUUUCAUGUGGUUGUCAGGAAGCAUCAAUUACAACAACGACUGCAGCUCCAAUGUGUAAUUGUAAUACUCAAAAUAUUCAAUCACCAAUAUCAAGUUGUGUAAAUACUUGUCAAGCUACAUGCCAAAAUUCAUGUUUAAAUAGUAAUAAUGUUCAAAAUACAAAUGCUUGUGCAACAACAUGUCAAAAUACGUGCCAAAACACAUGUCAACAAAAAUUAUAUUCACCUGCAAUACCAUCUGUUGAAGAAUCUCAACAAUAUUUAGUUACCAUACAAAAAUUAGCAUGUGAAACAGGUUGCCAAAAUGCUUGUGGAGAUAAUUCUCAAUGUUCUCAAAACUGUCAACAAGUAUGUAAUUGUCAAAGUGAUUGUCAAUUAUCAUGUUCAGCAUCUUCAUCACAAUCAUUCUCUUCAUGUGCUUCUACAUGCAAAAAUUCUUGUCCAAAUAUUCAACAAACAAAUGCAAAUUCAAAUUCUUGUCAAAAUUCAUGUCAAAAUCAAUGCUAUGGUACUUCAAAUAACAAUUGUAUGGCAACAUGUAAUACACAAUGUACAUGUCAAGAUUCAUGUCAAACAGCAUGUGAACCACAAACAUCUAAAGAUAAUUGUGAAAAAUCAUGUGAAAAAACUUGUCAAACAGUUAUGCAAUAUAUGGUAUCUGUUCAACAGAUUCAACAACCUACAACAACUACAACAACUCAGGUACCAUAUAAUUAUCAAUGUAUACCACAAUGCCAAAAUAAUUGUGCAAACUUUUGUAACAAUCAAUCAUAUACAACACCAAAACAAUGUACAUCACAAUGUCCAAAUGUUUGUCAAAACCAAUGUAAUUUUAAUAGCGGAACAAUUUCAACAACUACUUCUCCAAUUGUUGUAUCAUGUCAAACUUCAUAUACUCAAAAAAAUGAAUGUUCAUGUCCAUCAAAUUACUCUCCAUGUGCCAGCAAUACACAAUGUUGCAAACGUUAA